AUGGUUCAGCUCAUUCCUAUCACCACUCCUACUCGAGUGCUCGAAGAUCGCACACAUACGGUCUACGCAAUCUCAGAUGUUCCCUACAGUCAACAGAUAGUGACCUCCUCAGAAGACAGGCUAGUUCGUCUGUGGGACCUGAACACAGGUGAAGUAUUGAAGAAAAUGGAGGGACACACCGGUGAGGUCAUGGGAUUGGCAGUAUCGCGAGAUGGGCAGAUGAUAGCGACCGGUGAUGAGAACGGAGAGCUCAUUGCCUGGCAGACAAAAGGCGGGGAACCCCUCACCAAACUCAAAGUCCACGGCAGCGCAGUCCGCUCGCUGGACUUUUCACCCGACAAUGCGUUCAUCGUCACCGCGUCGUGGGCACCGAACGACCAGACGGUCAGGUUUUGGAACACCAAAACAUGGACGCAAUACCCCGUAAGCUACGACUGCGGUGCUACUGUCCGCUGCGUUCGGUAUGCGCGGUCUGGCGUAUACAUGCUUGCGGUUGCAACAGACCAAGAUAUCCAAAUUUACAUCGGCGAGAAACUUCAAAAGAAGUUGAACGGUCACAGUCACGGCACGUUGUCACUCGCCUGGUCUCCUGAUAGAACGCGCCUUUUUUCGGGAGGAGAUGACCAUGAUCCCAGCAUAAGGGAGUGGGACACGUCGAGCUGGACGCAGGUCGGCGUUCCCUGGACGGGCCACACAUACAAAGUCAAUUCUAUCGCCGUCAAUUCUUUAGGCACGCAUGCAGUUUCCGCCUCUAGCGACAACUCCGUUCGUCUCUGGCAGCUCUCUGAUAAACAAACUGUCGCCACCUUCCAGCACACUUCUUCUGUCAUUUAUGCAGCCUUCUCCGCGGAUGGCACGCACAUUCUUAGCGGAGGUUAUGAUAAGAAAGUCACAGACUGGAUAGCACCCGAGGGUAUUUUGCCAGCGUAUGCUUUCAAGGAAAAGGUUCUAGAACCUGCUCUCAAGCGGCGGCUAGCGUCAAAGGCUAUAGGAUCUGAUUCAGAGACUGAAAGCUCCGAUUCAGAGUCUCUGCAGGAAGUUUUGACGACCGAAAUUUUCGAUUCCAAGCCUUUGCAGGCAAUUUCGACGACUGAGAGCUUCAAUUACAAGUCUCCGCAGGGAGUCUUGACGGCUGGAAGCCCAGAUUCCAGGUCUCUGCAGGCAGUUUCGACAACUGUAAACUUCGAUUACAAUUCUCCGCACGCAGUUUCGACAACUGAAAUACUCGAUUCCAAGCCUUUGCAGGCAAUUUCGACGACUGAGAGCUUCAAUUACAAGUUUCCGCAGGCAGUCUUGACGGCUGGAAGCCCAGAUUCCAAGUCUCUGCAGGCAUUUUCGACGACUGCAAACUUCGACUACAAUUCUCCGCACGCAAUUUCGACAACUGGAAGCGUCGAUUUCAAGUCUUCGCAGCCAGUUUCGACGACUGAGAGCUCCAAUUACAAGCGUCUACACUUAGUUUCCACUAGUGGAAGCUUCGAUUCAAAUUCUCUGCAGGCAACUUUGAAUACCACAACCUUCGAUUCCAAGCCUCUGCAGGCAGCUUUGGCCACCACAACCUUCGCUUCCAGGUCUCGGCAAUCACCUUUGACUGUCCAGUCUGUAUCGAAUGAACAGUUCGUUUCCAAGGCUGAACAAUUUGUUACCAAGUCGAAACAAUAUGUUUCAAAGACACUUGUCACCACGGAUGAGCUCCUUGCUAUCACCAAGACCAUCCGCAUUGCAUCCAUCACAGGGGACUUGGUUACCGCUGAAAAGGUCCUCACUCAAGAGAUUACUGCUGAUGCCAAGAACUUCGCGUCCUAUGCCAACCGCUCUUUUGUUAUGGCACGCAAACACAACUGGGAAAAUGCCUUCAAGGAUGCAAACAAGUCCCUUGCCAUACGGACAUCGUUGGCUGGCUAUAUUGCCAGAGGUAUCGCCCUCUGCGGAAAACAACUUCUCGAGGACGCGAGGACAGCCUUUGACCUGGGGUUCACGUUCACUCAGGGAAACGUGGAUGCUACUGUGUUCCUUUACUUAAUCAAGGCUAUUGCAAUCUUCAAUGCUAACAGACACGAAGAGGCAGUGGUUCGUGUGGAUCAGCUGUCUACUGAUCCUUCUGCCGAUCCCUUCGUUUGUGGUGUCGUGGUGGCGAGUCUGCGACUCCAACUAGGAACCAGUGCCUUCAAUAGCGCGCGUCAUGGUGAAGCUGUCGAGCACUUCACUGCCGCUGUCAAGGCUAGCACUUUCUUGGCUAAAUCCGCCGCUCCUGCUGCUUGCGAGGCUUUCACUGUUCUCUUCGGAUGGGACAUCGAGGCCUUGUGGGAAGCCUCCAACAAGAAACUGAUUCUUGCGCUCCUUAAGGCUGGCAGGCUUGGAGAAGCCUUCGAAUCGUAUCGUUUCGCGAUGAAUGAAAGCAAUGAAGCUACGAAGACCGGCUUACAUUCUUGGAUCCUGACUAUCUCGUUGUGA